AUGAGCAACGGUGAACCACCGGAACAUCCCAAAGGCAUUCUUAAGCACGUUGCAGAUGGGAAAAAGUGCAAGACAUUUCAAUGGGAUGAGAUGAACAUCUUGGCCACUUAUCAUCCGGCCGAUAAGGAUUAUGGUCAUAUACACAUUGAUGAGCCCGAUACACCCUACAAUUUCGAGUAUAAUCCGAACGACCCCAGUGUAGCAGAUGGUCAGGCUGUGUCACCCGAAGCUCUUGCAAGCAUGCUGGAAAAGGUGUCUGGUUCAGCGCCCAAAAUGUUGGAGGCAAAUAUGGCGAAGUCCAAGAGUGUGCCGCAGUUUAAAUAUGUGGUCCGCACAUCCAUGCCAAACACGGAAUCCGGCCUGUAUAGACCUAGUCCUCGAGUCACACACACCUGGAAUCGUCUGAGAAACGAAGAUCUUCGCAGCUACGUUUAUAAGGCCUAUGCCGCGGUAUUUCUCGCAUCUCGUCUUAUUUUCAUUCGCGAGGACAAGUACAAGGAUGCUUGA